AUGCCAGUAACAGCUCUUUCCACAGCCGCGGCUGUCGAAGAUGCCGAAUCUACCGAAGAUGAGGCAUGUGAGGAGUCUGAAGAGUUCGUCACUGAGACUACCGAGGAUGGUUGUGAUCUUGUCGAGGAAACUGAAACCGCGCUGUCCCCGGCGUCGACGUCCGCCACGCCUUUGCUUGCAUCUGCUACGCCCACUAACGCUGAGUCAACCCCUGUGUCGUCCACAGGAAGCGGAAGCUCUGACGGUUGCGGCAAGCAGUCCUCUCUUACUAGUGGCACCUAUAGCGUCACUAUCAGUGGCCGCACUCGCUCGUAUAUCCUUGAUGUUCCUGAGAGCUACAAUAGUGGCAAGGGAUACAAGCUCAUCUUUGGUCUUCACUGGCGUGGAGGCACCAUGGAGGAUGUGGCGACGGGCCAGACUGUUGAGGCCGGUGUCUGGAAUUACUACGGUCUGAAGCGCCUGGCUGAAGACAGCGCCAUCUUUGUUGCACCACAGGGCAUUGAUAACGGUUGGGGCAACAGCAACGGAGACGACCUCAAGUUCAUCGAUGCCAUAAUGGAGCACGUUGAAGCAGAUCUCUGCGUUGACCAGUCCCAACGCUUCGCUACGGGUUUCAGUUACGGGGGUGCCAUGACAUACUCGCUCGCAUGCUCCCGGGCCGAUAAGUUUCGCGCAGUUGCCGUCCUCUCGGGCGCCCAGCUCAGUGGCUGCGAUGGUGGCAACGACCCUGUCCCGUACCUUGGAAUUCAUGGUGUUGAUGAUAGUAUUUUGAGUAUCUCUAUGGGCCAUUCCCUGCGGGACAAGUUCGUGUUGAACAAUGGUUGCCAGGCCCAAACCGCGUCGGAACCAAGCUCUGGCAGCUUGACUCACACCAAGACCUCUUACACCUGCAAUUCGGGAUAUCCGGUGACAUGGAUUGCGUUUGAUGGCGGGCACAUUGCUUCCCCCCAGGAUGGGGCGACAACUGAUAGUGGAUCGAGCACAUGGGCUCCGGGGGAGACAUGGGAAUUCUUCUCUCAGUUUUCGUAA